AUGGGAUCGACUGACGAAGCGCAAGGAUAUGGCAAGGAUCAACAGAUGCCGGCAGGCUACCCCGACUGGGCAGCGGCUUUUCAGGCAUACUACGGCCAGGCGGGGCAGCCACCGCCGGGGUACUACCCCGCAGCAGCCGCCGCUCCCCAGCACCACCCCUACAUGUGGGGACAGCACAUGAUGACGCCCUACGGCCAGCCUCCCCCCUAUGGCGCCCCCAUGUACCCCCCUGCUGCCAUGUACCCGGGCGCGCAGCCUUAUAUGGGGCAUGGCGCCAGUGGCAAUGCACGCGGAGCAGAGGGAAGGGGGCCGGGUGGACACUCAUUCCUGUCCCCGCCUUUCCUUCGCACUCCCCCCAUUGCUCCCCGUUCCUCUCACCCCGCAAUGCUCCCCGGUCCCCCUCCCCAGGCCAUGGCACCAGGCAUGGCGCCAGUGGCAAUGCACGCGGAGCAGAGGGAUGGGGGAGGGGCGGCGGCAGCAGCAGGCGCAGGGGGAGCGGGAGGCGGGGGAGGCGGGAUGGGGGAAGAUGGAGGGGGGGCGAAGGCUGGGGAAGGGGGGGCUAUGGUCCCAGCGGGAGGGGGAGGGGGAGGCGGAGGGGGAGGGGGGAUGGGACCGGGGGGAGGGAUGACGUCAGAGGGGUCAAAGCUGCAGUCAGGGAAUGGUGUGUUCUCCACCAGCGGAGGGGAGGAUGAUUCAGAGGAGGACGAGGGCACGGACCAUAAUGAGGUGAGCGCUGCUGCUGCUGCUGCUGCUGCUGCUGCUGCUGCUGCUGCUGCUGCUGCUGCUGCUGCUGCUGCUGCUGCUGCUGCUGCUGCUGCUGCUGCUGCUGCUGCUGCUGCUGCUGCUGCUGCUGGUGCUUGUGUUGAUGUCACGACUUGGCGUUAUCAUGCAUGUAAUGAAGCUGGUGCGGAAGGGGGGGGCGCUGGCGGAAAGGCAGGGGAAGCGGGGGAGAUGGGGGGAAUGGUGCCCAUAGACUACUGGUCCGCGCAAGCCCAGGCCCAGGCGCAAGCUCAGGCACAAAUGCACCAAGCAGCAGCUGCUGCGGCAGCAGCAGGGCAGAUGGGGCCGGGGGGGCAGGGAGUGGGCAUGGCAGGCGGAAUGGGGGGGAUUCCCGGAGUGGGGGCGGGCGGGGGGGGAGCUGGGGCGGCAGGGGGGGGCGGGGGGAUGGUUGGCGGGGGAAUGGGUGGUGCUGCUGGUGGCAGUAGUGGUGGUGGUGGUGGUGGUGCUGGGGGAGCAGGGGCGGGGAAGAAGCGGGGAGCGGUGGUAGGGGGAGGGGGAGGAGGGAUGGGAAUGUCGUCAGACCUAUGGGUGCAGUCUGACGACCGCGAGGUGAAGAAGCAGCGGCGCAAGCAGUCCAACAGAGAGUCGGCAGUCCAAGACGACCGGGAGGACGACCGGGAGGUGAAGAAGCAGCGCCGCAAGCAGUCCAACAGAGAGUCGGCACGGCGGUCCCGGCUGCGCAAGCAGGCGGAGUGUGAGGAUCUGAUGGGGCGGGUGCGCGCUCUAACGGACGAGAAUCAGACGAUUCGAGUGGAGCUGCAGCGCAUGCAGGAGGAGUGCCACAAGAUGGCCCAGCAGAACGCGCUGCUGCAGGUGGAGCUGGAGCGCAUGCAGGAGGAGUGCCACAAGAUGGCGCAGCAGAACGCCCUCCUGCAGGAGCGGCUGAACGGAAAGGCAGCACCAGGCGGUCCGUCCACACACUCCGCAGCCCCCUCAGGCCUCCACGCGCUGCAGCCGCACAUGCCACCAGAUGCAACAGCAGCCGUUGAUCCUUCCGGAGCUGCGAUGCCAUUGGUUGGUGGGCCUGGUGCUGAUGUGAAUGGUGCGCUAGUGCCUGUAGGUCAGCAGCAGUUACAGCAGGGAGGGGCAGGGGGAGGGGUGUUAGCAGUUGGCAAUGGUGGUGGGCAUGGAGGGGAGGGGUUAGGUGCUGCAGGUGCUGCUGUUGGAGCAGCAGCAGGGAGGUUAGGGCAGGGGAGCGAAAAGAACAAUGUUGUGACUGCUGUUUCAUGA